UGCUUCCCCCAGACGGACGCUGGAGCGUUACGUAACCUUUCGAGGUGCAUUGUGGGUGUUGGAGUUUUCUCCCCCCGGUGGAGUCAACGCAAACCUUCCGGCCGUGCCUGCUUUUGGAACUACAACCAAAAAAAACUGGCACGGAAGUGAAGUAACUACAGGUCACAGUUCACUCGGUGUCAACACAUGUGCUGCUCCUCGUAGCUGUGUGCGUUUUGCGGUAGGAAACUUUUAAAUUGAGUUCUUUUGUGGUUGUUUUUUUAAACAUAAAAAUGCCGAGGAACAUAUCGUCUUCAUCGAGCGAAGAUGAAGCGGACAGUCCUGCUACAAAGUCACCCGCAAAGCAGAAAGAAACCGAUAAGCAGACCACCACCAGGUACCAGUGUCCAGCUGACUUUGUGUCUUUCUGCCAUAAGCCCUGCAGCAGCACUCUCACAGAGAGUCUGAAGAACAACAACAACGAGUUAUGGCUCAUUAAAGCUCCUGUCAGCUUUAACCCAGAAUGUUUCAGUGGCGUCAAGGUGCCCCUCUCAGGUCUCCAGGCCCUGAAGGUCCCUGUUGCUGCAGGCGGAGCCAAGACUGGGAGUGGGCAGCAGAUCUACAGCAUCCUGGCGUCCACCCACGGUACCUCAGAGCUCCACCUGCUCACCAGUGACAGGCAGUCGUCAGAGAACGUGGUUUUGGGCCCCGCUUUCUCAGGCCUGCUAAACGUGUGCGAGAGCUAUGGAGACAGCAGCGCCAACCAGGCCCCUCAGGUCAUCCCCGCCACUCCAGCCCCCUCCAUACCGCCAGGGCUAAAACAGCGAUUCCACCCCUUCGGCAGUAAGACCCCCACGCUGACCUGCGUGGCGGAGAGUGAGACGGAUGGAGCCGCCUUCGGGCCCUCGUCCGCAACUCUCCGGCCCUUGGUAGUCAAACGGUUCGCGGAAGAUACGUGGCGGGAAGAGGAGGAAGAAGGGAGGAAAAAGAAGAAGAAAAAGAAAGAAAAGCGAAUAAAGUCCGAGCGAGAGGAGGAGUCGAUGGAGGUGGUGAGAGUCAAAGUGGAGCGUGUAGCUGAAAGUCAGGACGGAGUGGCGAUGGAGGUCCCCAUCCAGGAGGCCGAAGAGAAGAGGAAGAAGAAGAAGAAAAAGAAGGACAGAGAGCGAGAGGAGGUGGAGGAGGGCGUGGAGCCCAGUGUGAGCGUGAAGGUGGAACAGGUAACGGUGAAAUGUGAACCAACAGACUCUUUGUAUGGCGACGCAGUGGAGGGUUCUGGGAAAAAGAAGAAAAAGAAGAAGAAAAGCAAAACUGAUGACGACUGACUUAACGUCACUUUGUUUUUUUGAUGUUUAGUUUUCUGUUUUUGUUUUGUUUGUUUUUUACCCUUAUGUCUGAACCCAUCUGAGAGCCAGUUUACUACUAAUUCACCCCAGCUUAUUGAUGGUUGUAUAAUACAAUGCUUGCUUUGGCAGGACAUUGAAUUCAGAGAAAAAAAAACAACAAACACAUCCUGAAUCAAUUGAACAGGGAAACAAAUUAUACUUAUGUCUUUAAGGCCCAUGUUCCUAUCAUUAUGAGCUCAGAAAGUGACAGUUUUACACACAAAGAAUGUGUGAGACCGCAGCCAUCGGAGGGUACACGAAGAAGAGUGUACGAAAGGGGAAUUUGUGCGGUCGGUUUCUGUCAAUUGGUGGUAGUUUUUAUGGGAUUAUGCUCACACUCUGUUGCUGUGUUUGUGUACAUAUUUACACAACCGCCCUGGUAACGUGACGGGUUUGGCAGCCGGUUUGGACAACCAGAGGUGAUGUGAAGACAGAAUAAUGGUUCAUUGUCACGUAAAGGUUAGCUUUUCUUUUAAGGAUGUGAGUCACAUGUAUUGUGGAAAUAAUUUGUCUGCAGGAAACACGUGUUACAAAAUAAACUCCAAACAGUGAUUAAAGGAAAUGAAAUGAAAAUAAAAAAA